AUGGGCCUUCACAUGGACGACUUGCACACGCCGUCGGUGGUCUCCGGCCCCACUAGCGGCAGCUCCAAUGGCGUCGCCAAGCGGGACAUGUCGCUGCAAGAGCUCAUGGUCGAAAAGGACCGCGUCCAGAGCGAGCUGUCGGCUCUGAGCUCCGUCCUGGACUCUCAUGGCGUGAACAUGAGAACCAGCUUGACCACCUUCGACGGCUACCCUAGAGAUGACAUCGAUAUCGCACAGAUCCGGACCACGCGCGCGCGGAUAAUACACCUCCAGAACGACCUCAAAGGUCUAUACGAGAAGAUCGAGAAGGGACUGCAUGCGCACCAUGCAUCUCUGCAGCGGGAGGCGGCAAACGCUGCAGGCACAGGCAACACAUCAAGCGCGGCAGGCGCCAGUGCCACGGACGAUGCGGCUCUGCAGGCACCCUUCGCAAAGGUCAACGACGUAGUGGCCGGAAGCCCGGCCGAUAGCGCAGGCUUGAAAGCAGGGGACAAGAUAUUGAAGUUUGGAGACGUCAAUUGGAUGAACCACGAGAAGCUCAGCAAGCUGGCCGAGACGGUUGCGCAGAACGUGGAGAGGCCGAUAGCGAUUCGAGUGGCCAGGGAAAGCGGAGGCGCUGGGCAGCUAGACCUGCAGCUGACGCCGAGGCGCAAUUGGGGCGGAAGAGCGGCGUUGGGCGCGGGCGGCUUCGUGGCACGGAGGGAAUGGGCACGAUCCAAACAACCGACUCCCACGACACAACCCCGCCACAUCUUUUCUCACGACAUGGCCGACGCCCAGGCUCCCCCGACCUUCAAGCUGGUCCUCGUCGGUGACGGUGGUACCGGAAAGACCACCUUCGUCAAGCGCCAUUUGACUGGCGAGUUCGAGAAGAAGUACAUUGCCACUCUCGGUGUCGAGGUUCACCCUCUCGGCUUCACCACCAACCUCGGCGCCAUCCAGUUCGACGUCUGGGACACCGCCGGUCAGGAGAAGUUCGGUGGUCUGCGCGAUGGCUACUACAUCAACGGCCAGUGCGGCAUCAUCAUGUUUGAUGUGACCUCCCGCAUCACCUACAAGAACGUUCCCAACUGGCACCGUGACCUCGUCCGUGUCUGCGAGAACAUCCCCAUCGUCCUCUGCGGCAACAAGGUCGACGUUAAGGAGCGUAAGGUGAAGGCCAAGACCAUUACCUUCCACCGCAAGAAGAACCUUCAGUACUACGACAUCUCGGCCAAGUCCAACUACAACUUCGAGAAGCCCUUCCUCUGGCUCGCCAGGAAGCUCGUCGGCAACCAGACUCUGGAAUUCGUUGCCGCUCCCGCCCUCGCUCCUCCGGAGGUCCAGGUCGACCAGGCCGUUCUGGAGCAGUACCAGAAGGAGAUGGAGGAUGCUUCCAACAUGCCUCUCCCCGACGAGGAGGACGCCGAUUUGUAG